AUGGCGGGCGCGGCGGCGAAGGAGCGCAGGGUGAUCAGGGUCCUCCUCGUCGAGGACGAGGAGAUCCACCGGGUUCGGGCCAGGGCGCUGCUGAGGGACGCCGCCGGCGGCGUGGAGCUGGGCGAGGCCGGGAACGGCGCCGAGGCGGUGCGGCGCGUGCGGGAGGGCGGCGCCUACGACCUCAUCCUCACCGACCGGCAGAUGCCCGUCAUGGACGGACACGAGGCGACGCGGCAGAUUCGGGCACUGGGCGUCACGACGCCGAUCGUCGGGCUGUCGAGCGACAGCCUCGCCGCCGACGCCGACGCGUUCAUCAAGGCCGGGGCCGACGACUUCACGCCCAAGCCGCUGUCCAAGGAGAAGCUCAACCGUAUCCUCGCCAAAUUCAAUCUCGCUUAGCUCUGCCUGCGAUCUCAAAUUCUCAAUAAGGUCCAAUAAAUGAAGCCUCCGCAUUAGAAAAGUACUCCAUAGG